AUAGUUGCUUGCUUAUAUAUACACACAUACUAGGUCAAAGAUUUGACUUUUUGUUAGUCACAAUCUCAACAGAUGUUAAAAUAUCAUCUCAUAAUAACUUCAAUCCAAGAUGGUUUUUAUUUUGUUAUGGUUGUAUUCAAUAUAAAAAAAAUUCAUGAUUCUUGAAGAACAGGCAUAUACCCUCUAAAAAAAACCACACAAAUAUGCCUGCAGUUUGGAUUUCGAUAAGAAAAUCACUGCAAUGCCAAUCAAGACCAACAGAUGUUCAUGAACCAAGUUUUCAAAGGAAGAAUCUUAGCAAAAUAGUAACUAAAUCAAAGAAAUCAUCAACAUCAAAUGGAACAAAAUCGGGAUGUUCAAGAUCUUUAGCAAAUCUUAAAGAUGUCAUCCAUGGAAGCAAGAGGCAUAUGGAGGAAAAACCAUCAGCAAUGGAAACAACUACUACAACAAAUGCUAGUCCAAGAUCCAUUGGAAGUUCAGAACUUUUGAACCCAAUUGCCCAUGAAGUCGUUUUAUCGAAUUCAAAUUGUGAACUUAAGAUCACAGGAUUUGGUUCCUUGCAAGAUCAUGGAAACAGCGGAAAUGAUGAUGAGGGUGUAUCAUCAAGAUUUGAAGGUACCCUUAAACCCGGGACGCCUGGCCCUCAACAAUAUCAUCAUCAUAAACCAAUUAGAUCACCACUUACUAAUCGAAUAAAUCCUAACGGGUUUUCAAGGGUUGGUAAUAGAGGUUUUGGGUCAGGCAAUAUUGGUGCUAGUAAUCCUGCAAAGACAAGAGCUUCUUUCGAUGGAGAUAGUCAUGCGAUUUUUAGUUUGGCAUGUCAUAAAUGUGGUGAGCAAUUUGCGAAAUGGGAAGCUCUUGAGUUUCACCAUCUCUCAAAACAUGCUGUUACUGAGCUCAUAGAAGGAGAUUCAUCUAGAAGAAUUGUAGAAUUAAUCUACAAAACAAGUUGGUCAAAAUCACAAUCACAUUCAGGAGGAAUAGAAAGAAUCCUUAAGGUCCACAACAUGCAAAGAACAUUAUCUGAAUUCGAAGAACACCGAGAAACUGUCAAAGUAAAAGCUAGCAAACUCCCAAAGAAGCACCCGCGUUGUCUGGCUGAUGGAAACGAGCUACUAAGGUUCCACGGGACAUUAGUUGAAUGCAACCUUGGCCACCACGGAUCCUCUACGCUUUGUCUUUCAAAUACGUGCAACGUUUGUCAAAUUCUAAGGCACGGUUUUAAGAUCAAGAAAAGUAGUAAUAACAAAAAUGAAAUUGGGAGUGUUUUUACUACUUCAACAAGUCAAAGAGCUUUUGACGCCAUUAAUGCCAACAAUAGUUCUCAUUUGAGGAAAGCUUUAAUAGUUUGUAGAGUGAUUGCUGGGAGGGUUCAUAAGCCAUUGGACAACAUUCAAGAACUUGGUAAUCUAUCCGGGUUUGAUUCCUUGGCUGGAAAAGUUGGGAUUUAUUCGAAUAUUGAAGAACUAUACUUGCUUGAUUCUAAAUCAUUGCUUCCUUGCUUUGUUAUAAUUUGCAAGCCACAAGUGUAAAAGAGGGAACUUUGUGAAUUGUGAUCUAAUAUUCUACUCCUGAUAGUUUUGUUUUUUGAGUAUUUUCUAAAUUAAUGUUUUCAAUUCUGUCUAA